GGAGCAUUUCAUCACCAAAAAUCAAAAGUGAAAGAAAAAAAGCUAAAAACAGGGGAUUUCCUGAUGUUUCAUAUCAGGAGUGCCAUUUGUUAAUGUAUUGUAUCUGUUUUCUCUGGAGUUAUUAAAGAUGGCAGAGGGAUCCUCAGUUACAGAGAUGUCAGCGAGCAGCUCCAGUCCAGAUGAUCCAGUGAUCCGGAUUCUUCUGAUGGGCAGAAACGGUUCUGGGAAAAGCUCAUCUGGAAACACCAUACUCAGAGAGAACAAGUUUGAAGAGCAUGAGUCUGAAGUGUGUGAGGGUCAAACACAGAUAGGAGAGAAGCAGGUGUAUGUAAUUGAUUGUCCAGAUGUACUGGAUCCAGAUCUCAAUAAAGAGCAGCUGGAGAAGAUGAAAGAGCAGCUGGUCUCUCGAUGUUCAGCAGGUCUCAGUUCAGUUCUGCUCACUGUUCCGCUACAGAAACCUGUGCAAAAUGAAGAAGAAAUCCUGGAUUUUAUGAAAAGUUUAUUUGGUCCUGAAGUUCAGAAAUACAUCAUGAUCCUGUUCACAUAUGAAUAUGAACUGGAUCAAACCAUUACUGAACAUCUAAAACAAAAAGAUCAUGCAGAUAUCCAGCGACUGUUGACUGAAUGUGGAGGAAAGUUUCACUGUUUCAAUAACAGGAUAAAAACAGAUGAUCAGAGACAAGAACUGUUGCAUAAGAUUGAAGGAAAGAUGUUGGAGAACGGAGGGAAAUUUAUCAUGAAACAAAUAAAGAGGAGUGGCAGCAAGGCCAAUCUUUUCAAUUUUUCAAGAGAGUCUCCAGCAGAAGAUCCAGAUUCAUCUUGCUCCUGAAAGGAUCCCCAACAGGCACCAGACGUCUAUGUAAUGUCAGGUUGACGUUGGACAUGACGCCGGACAGACGUUGCAUUUUGGUUGAAACUGAAAAUUGGGUUGACGUCAAUAUUUGACGUUGACUUAACAUUGGAUUUUGGUUGCACAACCUAAAAACAACAAAAUCUCAACGUCAGCUGACGUCGGUAUUGGACAUCAAUUUAAUAUUGACAUUAGACGUUGAAUUUACCGAAAUUUAACCAAAUAUCAACGUCUUAUGACAUUGUGUGCCUGUUGUGUGCCUGCUGGGACCAGAUCAGGCUGGUUCUGCUGGGAAAAACCAGAUCAGGGAAAAGUGCCUCUGGAAACACCAGCAUCGACAGGAACCUGUUUUAACACUGUAUCCAUUGCUAAAGAGAUGAUGUGAUGACCUCUUAAGUGGCACUUUCACUUGAUGAGAGAUUUAUAAGCUGUUGUGUUCUUGACCAAGAUGUCUUUAUAGCAUCUUUCACACAGUAAUACCAGUAAAUUACCAUAAAAUUACCGGAACGACUUAACCGGACAAAACUAUGUAAAGUCGUUGCCUGUGUGAACAGCACAUUUUUGUAUUUACCGGUAAAGCACCAUUCACACGUCACUUUCAAAAUACUGGUACAUUCUGUAACAUUAACCAGAAAUGACCUCUUAACGGUUGCGCCUCCUACUGUUGUGUUUGUAAUCAUGGAGAGGUAUACAUGGUCAGUGUUUUUGUUGAUGUUUUCAUUUUUUGUGUUAAACGUUCACAUUCAUGCAGCGCUUUUGGCCCAGAGACAUCAUAUUAGACUUCUUCAAACCGAACUACUUCAAAACUGAACUAUCCACCUUUUUCCUGAAGAUUACCAGUACGAGAACGUACAGUACAAGUUCAGAAUGCGCUGACAUAAGAUGUCUAUUCUGGGCCAAUCCAGAGCCAUUAAAAUUCAACGGCUCUGGUCAAUCAUAACAUUCUGACACAGAUCAUGCAUUCAUUCUGUGCUGUGUAGUUCGGUCUGAAGUAGUCUAAUACGAUGUCUCUGGGCCAAAAACGUUGCAUGAAUACGAAUGUUUGACACAAAAAUUAACAAAACAAAAACACUGACAAAACGCUUUUCCCCUCCAUGUUUACAAACAAAACACCGGGGGCUUGUACCAUGAUGGUAGUUGAACAAAUUCAGAGUUACAGGAUUAGCUUCCUUAAGGCUUUAAUCCUGAGUUUGUGGAGCACAAACAUGAAUGUGUGACUUCAGUGGUGAACAGCUGAAACUUGUUAAGUGACUUUUGUUACUUUUUUUUUUGCAUCAGGCAUGUGUCACUUUGCUCACAUCUGAUUGGUCCACUUUCAGUUUGAGAUCUCUUACCCAGAACAUACACUCCACAGCUAACUUGCUCCAAGGCAGGUUAAGUAACUAUGGCAAUGAACGCCAUUAAAAGCCAAGCCACUUUCAUGGUACCUUAAAACCCAGAGUUGGUGCAAACAAAAGUGAAACUUACAUGGGGCCUAUUUCAUUAAAACAAAUCCUAAGAAAAGUGGGGAUUAAAGUCCAAAACCUGACUUGAAAUAAUCUAACAAAUCAUUUGGGGCUAAAAUGGUUCCAUAAACAACAAAUUAAGUUCACACAAUCUAACUAAUUUGUGGACACUAAUUCUUAAGCAGCCCUUGAUGUCAAUCAUGGAUCAAAUCGAUCCACCAUGGCAAACAGCGAAUAUAUCUGUGCUGUUUAAUGCAUUUGAGACAUUGUGUUUUCUUUCGUAGUGCAUAACUGUCAUGUCACAGGUAUAUUUUUCAUCUGUAAAUGUUAGAAAGUCAUGCAAAUAUAUCCAUUUUUCUGUCAGGCGUGGGUGUAGGGUGACCACCUGUCCCGCUUUGCAUUGUACCGCAAAGCAUUCUCACCCCUUGUUCCACAUGUCGCAUAUUCAGAAAAUGCCCCACAUUUUCAUCAGUCUGUUGUCAUGUUAAGAAAACAUGCAUGCGUUAUUUGGCCUUUGUAAGAAAGCUUUUUAUUCUUUUUGCAGUGUAGUUUUACCUAUAUUUAACAGUGCAGUUUCUCAGAAGCAGCAACACGCCUCACACAAAUACAACAUCCAUUUUUUAAAAAUCCUAUCCAAAGGCUAAAAAGAAACACAGUCACUACCCAGUCAACAAUUUGAUCUCACAGUGAUCUCACCAUGAGCUCACAGGAUACUCAUGAUGAGGUCACAAUGUGAGGUAACAGUGAGCUUAAAGUGUAACCUCACAGCGCCCUCACUGUGAGCUCAUACUAAUGUGAGGUCAAAGUGCACUGCACAGAGACUAGGUACCCAGCAUGCACUGCAGCAUGAAGCUUUUGAUUGUCACCAUUGUUGAGAUUCAUACACUGAUUCUUGAUGUCUCUCUUUGUUUUUAAAUGACACUGUAGUUCAAAUUGUUUUUGUCUUAUCAUGCUUUUAAAAUCCUUCAUAAACAAUUAUGACACUGCUGGGUCCUAUACUGUAUAAUCACAGAGCCAUUAUUAAAAACGUUAGAUUAAUAAUUCCUCACAAAGACUGCAUACUGAAUCUAGGUGAUGGUUGCGCUGUUAUCAUCCAUAACAAACCAAUACCACCUGAAUGCAGUCUCUUUUUGGUUUUCCUUACCAUAACAAAUGUGCUUUUCUAACACAGUUACAGCAGCCACAAAAAAUAAUAUUCUAAAGUCAAGGGUCAAGAGUCCAACUAAAGCAAACAGUACUCACACUGAUGGUAACGUCAAACAAAACAAUAAAACAUCAUCAUCUAAAUCUCUGUUAAUUCUCAAUAAGCACUUUUGUAGAUGUCUAACAGAAAUAAGAACAC